CCCGGAUUGCUCCACUUGUGUCACUUUGCGUGUCCGUCACGCGGUUGAAAGUGUCGACUUUGACCUCGUUUGUCCACAUCGAGGCCGCCGCACCAAUCUGGCCAAUCUCUCCGUCCAACCCACCCUCACGACAGCUUGCAAGUUCUGUCGUCGCCCUCCCUGGAGGAUGAGCGAUGUGUCCACGCUGGACUAUGAGCUGCUUUCGCCGGGGCCGUCAUUUGCCGGGGUCCCCAGCAGCCCACCUGUUGGUGGUGAUGCCGAGCAAAGGACGGCCUUCGCGUUCGUGGGUCUCCUGAUGCUGUUUUUGAUUUUCCUUUUGGUACGUUGCUUCCGGAUCCUUCUGGACCCCUACAGCCGAAUGCCCGCUUCGUCUUGGACCGAUCACAAGGAGGGCUUCGAGCGGGGCCAGUUUGACUAUGCCUUGGUGUAGUCACGUGACCUUGAGAUACCAACUGCCUUAGCCCAACCUGCAGAGCUGGACAGUAGUGAAGUAUUUUUACUUUACUCAAGUAAAUUUAAAAAGCAUCUGUACUUUAUCAGAGUGUUUACGUCACUACAUUCCAAAGCGUAAUGUCGUACUUUUUACUGCACUACAUUUCAUAAAUAUUGUUGGUUAGUUUUUAUCUUUUAAUACUUGGGAACAUUAAAAAUGUAGUACUUUUUUGUACUACAGUAAAUCUUUGAUUAAAAGUAAGAAAGUACUAGAUUUCUAAUGUAAUUAAGUAUUAAAUGAUAUUUAAUAUGAAACGUAGUGCAGUAAAAAGGACAAUAUUAUGCUUUGGAAUGUUGAGAAGUAAAAGUUUUCUAAAGAAACACCCUCUGAUAAAGUACAGACACUUGGAAAGUACUUCACUACUGUCCGUCUCUGCCAACCUGUGGCCCAACUCCAACCCUGUAGCUAAUUGCGCUUAAACCAUCACGGGUUCGAUUCCCAGGGAACGCAUGUGCCAUGUAUACCUUGAAAUGUAAUUUGGGCGUAAACGUAAAGAACGCAACUUUCCGAAUUGACAGGGUCGUCCAUUUCUUCCGCUGUAGCUACUUCCUCAGGACGGUCUACAACGAAUAAACACAAGAAGUCGACGGUUCAAGGUGACCGACACAAUGCUCACUGUGAACUGUUACUACCCUUUGGCUACUGUACAUACUUCAUCGUUACUGUAGAUAUAUCUUAAUUGUAAAAGACAUGAUGAAACUCUUCAAUGGACCUGAGUAGGCGGUAUAUUUAAUUUAACGCAACUGAAAAUGAGGCUGUGAUGGAUAGAUCUCACUAAGUCGAUUGUUGCUGUAAAUUGAUGUCAGUUGAUCAGGCACCGAAACACUGGAAACAUGGCUUUACAAAAUUUUUUACAGUGGACGAAAAUAAAAAAAAAUAUGCAUAACAAUUUGCGUUAAACUAUACGAUGAAAUGACCGAAAUUGAGACACAUUGGCCCUGAAAUUUGUGUAUAAAUCAACAAAUGGUUUAACAAACUGAAUGGUUGUUAAAUUGUCUCUGUUAGUUGUUGCAUUGAAUGCACUAAAUGGUUUUAUGAAUAAUUUAUACCAUAAAAAUGAAACUGUCACUAAAUUGUCACUUUAAGUUAAGUUAAGUCAUGACGUAUUGUCAAGUAUGGUGACCCAUACUUGAAAUGGUGCUCUGCAUUUAACCCAUCCAAGUGCACACACACAGCAGUGAGUAGUGAACAAGUGCACGCACGCACACACACACACACACACACACACACCCGGAGCAGUGGGCAGCCUUGCUCCAGCGCCCGGGGAGCAAUUAGGGGUUCAGUGCCUUGCUCAAGGGCACCUUAGUCAUGGUAUCAAAUUAUUUAAAAAAUGUUAACCCUAAAUCUGUCAACUGUCUCUAAAUUUUCACUUUACGUUAAUUGUUUCAGUGAAUGCAGCAAAUGGUUUUCACAAUUUACACAAAAAAUCACUGAAUUGUCAUUAAAUUUUCACUUUACGUUAAUUGUUGCAUUGAAUGCAACAAAUUGUUUUAACAAACUUUGCAAUGUAAAAAUCACAAAACUGAUGUUAAAUCAUCGCUUUAGAUUAUUUGUUGUAUUGAAUGCAACAAAUGGUUUUAACAGGUUACACUGUAAAAAUCAGUAAACUGUCACUAAAUUGUUGCUUUAAAUUUAAUAAAUUACGUAAGAAAUGGUGUCAAGCAAUUUACACUUCAUUCUGCUUAGUCAUUGCUGCCCUCAUUGCCUCGUUUUCAUUUGUGUAAAAUUAAAUAAGCCUCCUACCAUGAUUAUGGCCUAUUCAGUAUGAUUUUUGUUCUAUUUAGCAUGGUAAUUUUGCGUGAAAUACAUCUUUAAGGAAAACUUCAGUAUUGUUGGAAAGUCCAAGGAUGUCCGACAUGCCUGCUGCCUUCGACAGACCCCGUUCUAAACUCUGUGCUUUAUACAUUUCUGAGGAUGUUCUGGAUUUGGAGCAAAAAUCCCUUUAAGACUUUAGAACUGAGUGUCAGUCCUUGUAUUACUGCUGUUUUGACUCUUUCCUCCUUUGACUGUGUAUAUAAGCCAUAUGUUCUCAUAUCUCGAGGGUGUUCAUGUCAUUGGUUGUCUGUUUGCUAAUCUGCCGAGCUCUCCGAAAAGACCGAAAGCUUUAUUUUUAUAUGCCGACUCAGAUUUGGAGUUCCCUUUUUGCUAAUGUGUUGUCUCGAAUUUGUAGCUCUCAUUUGGAUGGAUGUGCAAAGUGUUGAUGUGCCAAGAAAAGGAGAAGCUUGCAUUGCUUUGUGAGUUUUGUAAGUAGAUUGGAUAUUUUCCUAAUUCCCUUUUGUCUGAAAUAAAACUGGGUUUAUUCAC